AGUACAAUUGUUAUUUGAGACCCCAUCAUCAAAAGAUACAGCAAUAGCAACCAUAACAAUGAAACUACUUGCAUUUCUAUGCAUUUUAUUAUUCGCUAUAGCGACCUACGCUUCACCACCAUUGGGAAUACCCGAAGAAAAUCUUUCUGAACAAUGCAAGACCCCUAAAUGUCCACAAAAUAAUGGCAAGGAAACAAUUAAUUUGCCUUAUCCAUUGGAUUGUUUGUUAUAUAUUUCUUGCGGUGCUGAACGACGAAUUGAAACUUGUCCCGACAAUUUAGUCUUCAACAAGAAAACUGGAUUCUGCGACACCCGCGAGAAUGCUCAAUGCGUACCAUGCUGGCAAUUAUCAUCACCGUAAUGUUUCGACACGAUAAUCUUUUUUCUUUCACGGAUUUAUUGUAAUUGAUAAAUUUUGAAUGGAUCGAAUAUAAGAAAAAAAAGUCUAAAUAAAAUUGUUAUCAUAUUU